UUAAAAAAGCCAUCUGUAUUGUUAGUAGUUGCAGUUCACGUCUCGCUGUUACUCUCACUGGAUAGAACAUGGCAACGAAGUACAAGCUGACAUAUUUCAACGGCAGGGGGCGGGCAGAGGCCAUCAGAUGGUUGCUGGUUUAUAUGGAUGAGGAGUUCGAGGAUGUCAGGAUAGACUCUGAGGACUGGCUGAAAAUGAAACAAACUACCCCCUUCGGCCAGUUGCCGCUGUUGGAGGAGGACGGUAAGCCGAUUUGCCAGUCUCUGGCCAUCGUCCGCUAUCUUGCCAAGAAAGCCGGGCUUGCUGGAAACAACGACUGGGAAGAUCUGCAACUCGACAUCGUCUCGGACACCCUGGUGGAUUUACGCACGC